AUGCCUCCCAAAGGAGCUACCCGCGGCAGCGCCCGUGGAGGCACAGCCGCACGCGGCGCACGCACAACUUCAACCUCCACGACUCCCGCAGGCGGGGACCAAACCCAAGAUACACCCGCGCCAGCCGGCGCCGGCGCCGCCAAUCGAUCCUCAGUGCAACGACUGCAAUCUCUGAAUAAGCGCACACCCUCCGGCAGCAUUGCGCCGAGCAGUAGACCCCCUUCCGCUCUAGGUGGUGAGCCCGCCAAACCUGUUCUGAAAUACAAGCCCAAGGCUGUUGGCCGCCGCAGCAAGCAGGAACGCGAGGAGAUUGAGAGACUUGAGCAGGAACGAUACAAUGAACGACUUAAGGAGGCUGCUGCUAUUCAGCGUGGGCGUGGGGGCACUGCUCGUCGCGCUGGUUUCCGUGGUCGCGGUGGUAUGGCUAUGAGUAUGGGAGGUGGAUUUGGUCGAGGCGGCAAGCGUGGUCGCGGUGGUGGUGGGUUUGGUGGUGGAGGUGGUAGUGGCGGCGGUGGUGGUGUUGGUGGUGUUGGUUCAGGGCGAAAUCGUUCUGGAUUCACUGGUGGUGACCGUUCGCGUGGAACUGACUCUUCGGACGAUGAGAGCGGACUUCGCAUGAGUAUUGAUCAUAUCAACCUCGACAGCGAUGAUGAUGAAUACGACACAAGCAAGAACGGGAAGGGGAAGAUGCCUAGUAGGUCUCGCACCGAACGUGCUCUUCGUCCUGUUCGUAUUGCGCGCCAUGAGCACGAGGAGCGGGUUAUCAGUGUCAACAUGGAGUCUAGCUCUAGCAGGGCUGCUGAGCUUCGUGAUAAAGCAGAGAAGGAGAAGGUCGCUAAGGAUUCGGAGAAGAGACGCACAGAUGAACCUCGUAUCAAGCCUGACCCCGAGGACGAGGAUUCUGUAAUGGCGGGGGAUAUUCCACACGCCGACGACGAUGGGUUCCUUCCAGCGCAGAGCGUUCGUGUCCGCUCAGCAUUGAGCCAGAGCCCUACCAAGAGACGCACAGUAGACUUACGAUCUUCGCAACCCGCACCCUCCCCCGAGCCCGAGAUUCCAGACCCACGCAGCCUCCUUCACACCAAGGAGGAAAUCGAAGAAUAUGACCGUCACAUGGAAGAUCUAUCUUUCAUCAAGGAGCUCCUCGUCCCACCUCCGUCGAAGAAGAAGGCCACACCGGAAGCACAGACAGAGGGCGCCACAGAAGCUACCGCAGCAGAUGCCAGCACCACAGCGGAGGGACAGGAUGCCGAAAAAGAAACCGAAGAGGAAGAAGAAGAGAGCCCUCUAUUGGGCCACCUAUUCCUCAUGCAAUUCCCGCCCAUGACACCAAACCUCCACAUCGUCGGCUCAGACACCAACCGAUACCAACCCGCAGCCGCCCCCGAAAACCAGAACCAGAACCCGAUCAAACGUGAAGGAGGCGCCGAAGUGGAAAUCGUGGAAACUACCCAACCCACAACCACAUCCCAAGAAAAAGACAUCAUCACCGCCAACAAACCCUGGUCCCUGCCAGCCGGCCGUGUGGGUAAACUGAACGUACACAAAUCCGGACGUGUGACCCUCGAUUGGGGUGGCAUCAGCAUGGAACUGAACCGUGGUGCACCCGUUGGCUUUGCGCAGGAAGCGGUUAUCGUCUCGCCUCCCGUCAAUACCGGCGCGGAUGCUGAAGAGGACGAUCCCGAGGCUGAUCAGUCCGAGAAUCGGGUUUGGUCGAUGGGUCAGUUGUCUGGCAAGUUUACCGUCACGCCUAACUGGGAUGAGAUUCUUUGA